AUACCAUACCAUAUCUUACUCAGACUCAUAGUUCUGUGUGGCCAGACUAUCUAGUGGAAAGAUGGUUCCAGGCAGUCACCAACGAUUUAGCAUAGUUCAACAGGCACCGGCGCCAUAAGACUAUCAACAAUCAUCACCAUCAUAUCAACAAAUGGUUGUCUUGCUCAAUUGGCAACGGAAAAGGCUAUGCUUCCUUGAGCAUUCCUCCUAGCACCUGGGGUUACGAUCAAGAUGGAGUCCUUCCGCGAAUUUGUCGCUAAUCAGGUCCCGGUCCAGAACGGUGAUCCUGACCAAGAACAAAAUGGAGGCAACAAUGUCAAGCAAGAGGAUUUCGCCGAUGGACAGAUUUCAGUCGAAGAAGAAGACGAUGAUGACUCGAGCAAUCUUACCCAAAACACUAAGGCCGACUCUGGAGGUUCAGAAUUCAUAGAGGACGUUGUUCCGCGGGUAUUCCCACGUUUGUCGAACAAUCCUCCUGAGUCACCACCAAUGGGACCAGGAAAAGGCGAUGAGGAGGAUGAGGACGAAGAAAUGGACCUGUCCAAAUCGUUCAAAAGAACUGCCAGUCCAUCCCCAACAGCCUUUGAGCGCAAUAAGGGAGCAAGGGUCGGCAAAGUAGGAGAGGAAGGUGUCAUAAAGAUGCACAAAUUCACUCUUCAUGAAACGGCAAAUUACUAUUACAUUGUUGGCUCAGAUCUAUUAGAUUCAGCCUUUCGAAUCUUGAAGAUUGACCGGACAUCAGAACUUGGCGAGCUGAACAUCAUCGAAGACGACAUUGUUUACACCAAGAAAGAGACGCAACAAAUCCUCAAUGCAGUCGAUGAAGGAAAUCGAGCUACUGGAGGUCUAAAGGUUAAGACCAGUUUCUGGGGCUUGCUCGGCUUCAUACGGUUCACAGCUCAGUACUACAUGAUAUACGUGACCAAAAGAAGUCAGGUUGCCAUGAUUGGCGGCCACUACAUCUAUCAAAUCGAUGGCACCGACAUGAUGCCUUUGGUAACAGCAGCCUCGACAAGAGUCAAAACCGAGCGGCACCUCGACGAGGCUCGAUUCAUCAGUAUUCUAGGAAAUCUGGACCUCACUCGAUCUUUCUACUUCAGCUAUUCGUACGAUGUUACACGAACAUUGCAGCACAACAUCAUGCGGGAACGACAGGCGCUCCAGGACGGUCUGGCCGAGCCACCAAAGGGCGACCACAACGACAUGUUUGUUUGGAAUCACUACCUUCUCGAACCUGCGAAGAAAAUCCUGCGCAAUCCCUUUGAUUGGUGUGUCCCAAUCGUACAUGGUUACGUUGACCAGAGUGCUCUUUCGAUCUAUUGGGGACGGGUGGUGUACGUGACGAUCAUUGCUCGUCGAUCGCGGUUCUUUGCUGGCGCUAGGUUCCUCAAACGUGGUGCCAAUGAUUUAGGCUAUGUAGCAAACGACGUUGAGACGGAGCAAAUCGUCUCAGAAAUGUCGACCUCUUCUUUUCACGCUCCCGGCCCGGUCCUUUUCGCGAACAACAAAUACACUUCUUACGUUCAACACAGAGGCAGCAUCCCAUUACACUGGACGCAAGAAGCCACAGGAGUCACGCCGAAACCAAGUAUCCAUCUUAAUGUGGUGGAUCCCUUUUUCAGCGCCGCAGCUUUACACUUCGACGACCUGUUCAAACGAUACGGCACUCCUAUAUACGUGCUCAACCUGGUCAAGUCUCGAGAACGCACACCGCGAGAAUCCAAGCUCUUGCAAGAAUACACCACAGCUGUGAAUUACCUCAAUCAAUUUCUUCCCAAGGACAAGCAAAUCCUCUAUCAUGCCUGGGACAUGAGUCGAGCCUCCAAAAGCCGUGACGGCGACGUCAUCGGUAGUCUCGAGGCCAUUGCCGAGGAUAUCCUUCCAAAGACCAGCUUCUUCCAGAACGGCAACGACGAAGAAUCCGGGCUCAAACUACAAAGCGGGGUGGCCAGGACAAAUUGCAUUGACUGCCUCGACCGGACGAACGCAGCACAAUUCGUCAUCGCCAAAAAAGCACUCGGCUACCAGCUACAAGCUCUGGGAGUCAUAGAAGGCACACACAUCGAAUACGACUCUGACGCCAUCAACCUCUUCACACACAUGUGGCACGACCACGGCGAUACGAUAGCCGUGCAAUACGGAGGAUCUCAUCUGGUCAACACAAUGGCCACAUACCGCAAGAUCAAUCAGUGGACCAGCCACUCACGGGACAUGGUUGAGAGUUUCAAACGGUAUUACAACAACUCAUUCAUGGACGCGCAGCGACAAGAAGCCUACAAUUUAUUCCUUGGAAGCUACGUCUUCCAACACGACCAGCCUAUGCUCUGGGACCUAACGACAGAUUACUACCUGCACCACUCCGAUCCACGGUCAAUGUUCGGCAAACGCCGCCCCAGUUACCGUCAGUGGUAUACGCAAGAAUACCUCGCGUCCCCAGAAAUGCCGGCGUCGAUCUGGCCACGAGACCUGCGCGACAGACCAUUAGGCUACUUCGACGACUAUUGGGUCGAGUACUACCGACCACUCGCCAUAAGUUCGUUCAAAAAGCUGUUCUCCUUCAAAAUGCACUCCAAUCUACGGUACAUCCCCAUCAACUCGACAUCAUCUGGCAAAUACGAUUUCUCCCCGUUCAAAGUGCGCACCGCGACCGACACCAACCCGGCUGACGGGGAUACUCCUACCGACAAACAUCCCGGCCGCAAAGGCGUCAAGAUCGUCGCACCCUCAGACGACACGUCGUCCCUCGCACCAACAGACUCGGCGCCUGCAUCGGCCAUUGACAAUAAUCCAGCUCCGAAACCCAACAGUCUCGGUCCGUGGCUAGACGCGCAACAGCAACUCCACCACAACAACCAGAAGAAAUACACGGGCAUAAUCAAAGAGCCUAGCUUUGAAGUGCAGUCGUCCAGUGUACCGAAAAUACCUAAACUCCCGACCGCAACGACAAGUGAUCUGACGAGCUCGUCAUUGUUGCCUCCGACGAAAGCGGAGCUCGCGCUGCAGUCGUUCACCGCGCUUAUCGAAAAGUCUCUUGAUCCGCAGGUGCACCAAGAUGACGAGUACCAGCGGUACGUCACGCAUCCGUCGACUAUCCCCUUAGUGGUGACGAGCGAUAUCGACUAUAGUGCUGCGCCGCUUGAGUUCCUGGAGUACUUGAGUAAGACGGCUGUUGAUCCCGCUGAGCAUCGCGUGUUGAGGGACUACGAUGAUGAGCGCGGCGCCGUUAGUUUGACGGUAGAAGAGCGCGCGGAGGCGAGUCUGGAUGAGUAUUAUGAGUACCUUGCCUCUGGUGUUGUUGAGGAUCCGUUGACGGUGUUGGAAGAGGAUGGUGGGAAGAAACGGUAUAAGGCGUAUAAGAAGUGGUUGAAGGGGAAGAGUUUGUUUAAGCAGAGGCCUGUGGUUGGUGGUGAUGAUGUGGGGGCGGUGUAGUUGUGGUACUGGUGGUGGUGGGAGAUGGGUUUGUGUUUUGUGAUACCCCUGGUAGACUUUGACUUGCAUAGCGUCGUAUGAUAUGGUAUGGUAUGGCAUGGCAUGGCGUCCGGCCAGUGGCGUCUCAUACUGUAGUAUUGUAAUGGCCUGUUUGCGGCUAUCAGAAUUGUCUGCC